CAGCUACAAUUACAAUGGCACAGAACGAGAAAGUCCUCCUCGCCUACUCUGGUGGCCUCGACACCAGCUGCAUCCUCGCCUGGCUCCUCGAGCAGGGCCAUGAGGUCGUCUGCUUCCUCGCCGAUGUCGGCCAGGCAGAGGACUUCAAGGAGGCAGAGCGCAAGGCCCUCGCCGUCGGUGCGAAGAAGCUGGUUGUCGAGGACCUCAAGAAGGAGUUCGUCGAGGAUCUUUGCUUCAAGGCCAUCCAGUGCAACGCCAUCUGGGAAGACCGAUACCUCCUCGGUGCCCGUCCAGUCAUUGCCAGAGCUAUGAUGCGCGUUGCCCAACAAGAAGGAUGCACCGCCGUCAGCCACGGAUGCACCGGCAAAGGAAACGACCAGGUCCGCUUCGAGCUCGCCUUCUAUGCCAUCCAGCCAAGCAUCAACGUCAUUGCACCAUGGAGAAUGCCAGAGUUCUACAACCGUUUCGCUGGCCGCAACGACCUCAUUGAAUACGCCCAGAAGUUCAACAUUCCAGUUACUUCCACCAAGGCCAAGCCAUGGUCUAUGGACGAGAACUUGGCUCACUGCUCCUACGAAGCUGGUAUCCUCGAGGAUGCCGACCACACUCCACCAGAGGACAUGUGGAAGUUGACCGACGACCCUCGCAAGGCCCCUGAUACCCCAGCUGAUCUCAACAUUGUCUUCGAGAAGGGUCUGCCAGUUGCUCUCAUUGACCCCAAGACCGGCAACAAGACCACUGGCUCUCUCGCCAUCUUCACUGCUCUCAACGAGAUCGGCCGUAUCCACGGCAUUGGUCGCAUUGAUAUCGUUGAGAACCGAUACAUCGGUCUUAAGUCCCUACCCUUGGCUGACUCCCCCGCCAUGACUAUUCUCCGCCUCGCCCAUCUUGACCUUGAGGGUCUCGUCCUUGACCGUGAAGUCCGUCUUCUCCGUGACCAGUUCGUCACUAUCACCUGGUCCCGCAUCCUCUACAACGGCCUAUACUUCUCCCCAGAGCGCAAGUUCAUCGAGCAGUCCAUCACCGCCAGUCAAGACGACGUUAACGGCCAGGUCCGCAUCCGAUGCUUCAAGGGCGCCGUCUCCGUUCUCGGCCGCAGCUCCGAGACCAGCAAGCUGUACGACCCAGAACUGAGCAGCAUGGACUCCAUUGACGACUUUGCUCCUACCGACACUACCGGCUUCAUUGCCACACAGGCCAUCAGACUCAAGGCCUACGGUAAGGCCGAGAAGGCUGCCGGUGUCGACCUCACCAAGGCAUAG